AUGACUCUGUAUACUGGUGAGAUUCAUCAAAAAGUUGUUCACAAAUGGACUAUAGUAUUGGAAGAGAUACCUGAAGAAGGAAGUAUUACUUCGCCCAUUUUUAAAGACGUCGGAUAUGAGUGCAUUAUCAAUAGUAUCAGCACCAUCAGUCCAUGCUACACCGGUUACGCCAUUGAGUUCUAUCGUGUAUCGUGCACCAACAUCACCAGUGAUAGGAUAUUGAAAAAGUUCAAUUUGCAAAAUCGACGAGUUCAACUGCACCAAAUAACUGUGGAACAUAAUAGUAUACCUGUAUCACCUGCAGAAAAAUCUAGUAUCACACUAGAGUUUACUUUUCACAAAGUAGAUGUUCGAUCAGCAGAAUACUGUUUAGAUUCUGAUUCAGAUAGUGAUAAGAAAAUAUAUGAUUUUAGUACAAAAAAGUUUAUUCCACUGAAGCAACAUGUUCAAUCAUCAAAUGACUAUCUAGUGCUUCUUAAUAAUAAAAACUUUAGUGAUGUCAGUAUUAUAAUCAAUGACCAAGUUAUUUAUGCACACAAGUGUAUAUUGGCCGUGAAAAGUCCAGUAUUUGCCAGUAUGUUCGACACUGCCAUGAUCGAAAACAAAGCAAAUGAGGUGCGUAUUGAUGAUAUCAAGUAUGAAGUAUUAUAUGAAAUGCUGCGUUUCUUGUACACUGGUGUUGUGAGCAAACUCAUAAACUUGGCAGCUGAUCUUUUUUAUGCGGCAGAUAAAUAUGGGAUUGAACAACUGAAAAUAAUGUGUGUUAAACAACUUAUCAAAAACAUGAAUGCUGAUAAUGUUAUUGGAUACGUUUAUCUUGCUGAUAGUCACAGUAAUGAUUUGCUGAAAAAUAAAGCUAUUCAAUUCAUUGUGAAUAAUGCAAAAGAUGUUGUUCAGAAAUCUGAAUUUAAAGAAUUAUCUAUCCAAAAUCCGAUUUUCUAUGAAAUUUUCAAAGCAUUGGCUUCCAAAUAA